AUCGACGAUUAAGCUUAUCUAUAAAAGCAUUUUGUGCAACUAAAUAGAGACCCUUUAAAAAUACGUCACGUAGUAGUUUUGUCUCUAGCAAUUGGAGCUCUGUAGAGCUUGAUAGCGACAAAGUGUUGGCGAGCGGGUUGCGGACGCGUGAUGGGGAGCAUCGAAUACAAGCUCUAGUUGUCUGGCUUUCUUCUAUGUUUUAGAGGAUUCCUUUGAUGUACCGGCUCAUCGCUGUAAGAUGAUGGAGGGGUUUUCUGCAUUAUUUGCGCCUUCGGAGCCGCCACCGCCGCCGAUUUCCAGUGGACCCGGGGCGCCAGCAGGGGUACAGGCAGGCGGAGGAGGGUUUGGGUCGAGUAAGCCCCAGGUGACGGGGAACUCAAACUCCUCAGUCCCUGGACCCCCGCUUCCGCCCCCUCCGCCGCUAUCUGUGAGCUCCGCCGGAGAAGAAGCAACCAGGAGAUCUCCGUCGGGGCCCUUUUACCUUCUUCGGGAACUGCCAGGGCUUUCUGAUCUGACGGGCAGUGUCAAUCUCAUCCUACAUUAUAACCUGGAACAUUCCUUCAGUAAAUUCUGUGGCAAAAAAGUUAAAGAAAAGCUGAGCAACUUUUUGCCAGAUCUUCCAGGUAUGAUUGAUACCGCAGGAUCUCAGGACAACAGCAGCUUGCGUUCUCUAAUCGAGAAGCCACCGAUCUGUGGAAACUCGUUCACCCCUCUUACAGGAGCAUUGUUGACUGGAUUCAGGCUGCAUGCUGGCCCGCUCCCGGAGCAGUGCCGUUUAAUGCAUAUACAGCCCCCAAAGAAGAAAAGUAAGAAGCACAAGCAGAGUAGGACACAGGAGCCAGCUCCACCGGAAACCCCUUCAGAUUCUGAUCACAGGAAAAAGAAGAAGAAGCAAAGAGAAGAUGACCCGGAAAGACGAAGAAAAAAAAAAGACAAGAAGAAAAAGAAGAGCCGCCACAGCCCAGAGCACCCAGGAGCAGGAGGUUCACAGAGUGGGCUUCGCUAAAUGUCUACCACUGUUUGUACAAAUUGUCUUUAGCCUUUUUAUAGGGUGUGUUUGUUUUUUU